CGGCCACGCCCCCGGGCGCUCUGACCGGGCGCGGGGUCGGGGCCGCUCCGGGGCCGCCGCUCGCGAUCACCGGCACCGCCGCCAUGGCCGCCGUGCUGCAGCGCCUGGAGCGCUUCCUGCACAGCCCCGGGCCCCUCGGCGACCUGCUGGCUCGCCUGGAAGCGCGCACCGGCGUCCAACGGCUCUACCUGGCCACAGGCUCCGUGGCUUUCCUGGGGCUGUACCUCAUGUUCGGCUACGGCGCCUCCCUGCUCUGCAACAUCAUCGGCUUCGUGUACCCCGCCUACGUCUCCAUCAAAGCCAUCGAGAGCAACAGCAAGGAGGAUGACACCAUGUGGCUCACCUACUGGGUGGUCUACGGCGUCUUCAGCGUCGCCGAGUUCUUCUCUGACAUUUUUCUCUACUGGUUCCCCUUCUACUACGCCGGGAAGUGCCUGUUCCUGGUGUGGUGCAUGGCCCCCGUGCCCUGGAACGGCUCCCAGCUCAUCUACCACAGCGUCAUCCGCCCCUUCUUCCUCAAGCACCACCAGGCCGUGGACAACAUGAUGGGUGACAUCGGCACCAAGGCCCUGGACGCGGCGUCCUCUGUCACCCGGGAAGGCGUCAAAACAUCCCUGAACCUGGCAGAUUUCGUGCAGAAGGUGAAGUAAGAGGGGCACCGGGGCCACCGGUACCGGCACUACAGCCCCGGUACCGGGACCAGCACCGGCACUGCGCUCCCGGUACUGGUACCAGCA